GCGAGGUGUUGUCCGAGAUAGAGGAGGGUGGCGGGAGGAGAGGGUUGGAAGAAGGGUGGCGUGCUAUGAUCAGCAUGGAGCUUCCGGCACACGCGACGCAGCAUGGUGCUUUACAUCUGGGGGUCGGAGUCGGGGUCAAUCCGGGUGACCCAGCCGGAAGUGCCUUAGCCGCCAUUCACCCGCAUCCCCAGGAUCCUCUAGCUCUUCACCAUCAUAAUCAUGGUGCUGCGACACCCGGAGGUAUGCAUGAGGACUCCAAGAAAAAACAUGAUGGCGGCCACGGAAUGAACCAGGAUGGUCAUGGCGGAGUCAACCAACUCGGUGGCGUCUUUGUGAACGGAAGGCCCCUACCGGAUGUAGUCAGGCAGAGGAUCGUCGAGCUCGCGCACAGCGGCGUCCGACCGUGCGACAUUUCGAGACAACUCAGGGUAUCUCAUGGCUGUGUAUCCAAGAUACUGUCGAGGUAUUAUGAGACCGGUAGCUUCAAAGCCGGUGUCAUAGGAGGCUCCAAGCCGAAAGUAGCAACGCCGCCGGUCGUCGACGCGAUUGCUAAUUAUAAAAGGGACAAUCCGACGAUGUUUGCGUGGGAGAUUAGGGACAGGUUACUGGCUGAAGGCAUUUGCUCGCAGGACAACGUGCCAUCCGUCUCUUCCAUCAAUCGGAUCGUGAGGAACAAGGCGGCGGAGAAGGCGAAGCACGCGCAUCAGCAACAGCAGGCGCAGCAGCAGCAAGGUCAACAGCAAGGCCAGCCAGGAUCGGGCGGUUCCGUGUCGGUGAUAGCACAUGCACCUGCGACGGCAGCAGGUCAUCCAGCUGCCACCGCUCCCAACGCCUACAGUAUCAGUGGCAUCCUGGGUAUCCCGGCGCACCAUCAGGAUCCCAAUGGUAACAGCAUUAAGAGAAAACGCAGCGUUGACGAUGAUAAUCGCGACCUGAAUGACCACGCCGACAACGAUUUGAAAAGGCAAAGGAACAACUACAAUGGCGAUCAGUUGUAUUCAAACCUGUGGUCGAGUAAAUGGAGCAUCAAGGACGAGCACAAGCUCCUGAGCGAGCUUGGUGGCGGUGGAGGCGGCGGUACGACCGGUGGUACGAACGGCGGUGGAAACGGCGGUGGAAACGGCGGUGGUGGAAAUGGUGGUAGUGGCGGUGGUGGCGGCGGCGGCACUGGCGGCGGUUAUUACGAACACAGUGGAUUCCCCGGGAACGCUAUUGCCACCUCCGCCGAGCUGUACGACUCCCUGGGCACCAUCAGUACGAUGACGCAAGCGCAAACGCCUCAUCUCUACACCCCGCCCAUAGGGGGCACCAUAGCAGGUGGUACUUUGACGCCGCUCGCGCCACUGACGAUGCAAGAACUAAAAUUGAGCCAAACAUUGGACGGGGCUAACAUGUCUCCUUACCACACCACCGCAGAGAGCAGUACCGUCGCAGUAUCGUAUGUCGGGGUGGGGGCCGGUGGGGGCGAGCAAAGUCCCCCGAUUUCGUUGCAGAACGAGACAAACGCCACCCCCGCGGCCCCCAACACCCCCGGAGGGGAUCCCGGACUGACGGUCUUGCAGCCGCCAGUUUCUCAGCCCCAGGUAGCCUCUGCGAUACCGCCGUACUCGACGAUGCUUCCAAGUUUCGGACACUACGCCACCGGUGGUGGCGACUACGCGUAUAGCGCUGCGUAUUCCCAAUAUUCAAGUGCACCGUACAGCGGCUAUGGUUAUGGAGCAGCGACAAGCGGGUUGCUCAACUCCACGUACUACUAUUGCAACGGAGACACGUCCACUCAUACAUCGCAGCAGGGCGGCAGCGGUUGUACCAGCGGUGGUCCGGAAAGCAGCGCCGACGUGGCCAGUCGUUCGCCUCUGGCAGCUACCAGGGCCAGCAGCGGGGCCAGCGCGGCCUCACCGACCGGAAGCGCCUGCACGAAACCGGACCACACCUCCGCCACACCGACGGACCUUUACCUGGCUUGAUGAUCGAAUCACACGACGGGAGUCUCGACCGAACGUUCCCCUAUGGUCAGCGGAGAGACAGUGAGCUGCGACAACGGACGCCAUAUCACGAAGAGACAUCUCGACUUUAAGCAAUGAUCUCCUUUUAACUCCCUUGGGAAUGCGCGAUGGAAAAUUCGGAGUGCGAAAGAUAUCGGUGAAUCUACAGGGAAGAUUAAAUGUACCGAAGAAGAAGAAGAAGAAGAAGAUUAGGAUGGCUCGCGAUGAGGAAUGUUAAAACGAAUCUAGAAUUAGCUGUACUCGGAGUUUUAAAUUCCAUUGCGUUCAAGAUGAAUGACAGGACUUGGGAAUUUGUUCUAAUCGAGCGCGCGACGUGAUUCCGCGCAAAAUGAGCUAGACGCGAGUGACGGUCACGUCAGAGUAUUGGCGUACAGAGUUCCCUCGUAUUGCCACUGUUCUUCGCAGUAUGAACGUUCCCCUCUAUGUUUUAUUUAUUAAUCGUAAUUCGAAGAAUCAUCGACCGAUUGACUUGUCAAUUGUUAAUGGUGGCGAUGCGAGUGAAUCUCGAAUGCUCGAAAGCGUUGAAAACAGCGUCGCCGCGCUGGAGAGCCGCGGUGGUAGGUAGUUUAAUUUAAUGAUCCUCAGUUAGUGUAA